AUGGUGUCUGAUGUGAUCAAAGACGGUCCCCUUGGAUGUCAAACGACUUCGCUGAGGAAAUCAUCCAUUUGUUCCGUAGCUGUGAUCGCGGACACAGCAGCUCUCGGACAAUGUUCGAAGCCACUUGCUGUUGGCAUCUGCAGUAUGGACAUCGAUGAAUUUAAAGCUGCCGGCGAUGAGGACAAAGCCAUUCACAUUCUUCAUACACUCAACGACAAGCUUAUUGAACUCUGCCCACCUCACCUCUUGGAAUCGUAUAGGCUUAGGGAUACAAUUGAACUCAAAUACACUGAACCCACCGUUUCAAUUGGGGCGCCCAAUAGCGAAGCUACACCAAAUGAUGAUUCGCCUGAGCUCGAUAUGGAUAAUUUGCUGAUGUUUUGCUUUCUUUACGGGCUCCGCAAGUUGAAGCCCGCCGACUUACCUCUUCCUGUUAACGUUUUCUAUGCAAAACAUAUGAAAAAAGAUUGGUACGCUCCUCUUGUUGCCCCAAAUGGGAGGGAAGUGGAUGUUCGAAAAACAUCGUUUAAAAAGUUGGGUGUUUUCCUGGAAAAGAUGGCAGCUGAAGGCAUUAUCUCCUUGGAAACUGUAGAUGUUGGGAUUACACGGUUGACGGCUUUCAAAAAAGAUCAUCCAGUGCUACAGGAACUAGAACAAAACUUUCCUGAGUUGGCGAAAUCGAGUGCCGAUGCUGAUGACAGCUCAAUAGGAACAAAGUUCGUUGUUGGCGAUUUCUAUUUUGGUCCGCCUGUCCUCAAGGAAAUUCGUAUAAUUACCCCCAGAAUUGCUCCGUUAUUCGUGUCUGCUGGUUAUAGGUACCACUUUUGGUUUUUUAAUAAACUUCGUUGUGUUAGAGCGGGUGAUAGUAUCGAGCAGUCAAUUAUUUGCCGUGUUGUUGGAGCCUACAUCGACUCAAACAAUCUCAGAAGUGCUGAAAAUAGCGAUUUAGCUAACGUUGAUGGUCUAUUAGCGCGAAUUUGUGAGCCUAAUUUGCUCAAAGAAUCACCCGAGAGUACCCUUGCUGAACCGCGCUUCCAAAUAACGUUUCAGGACUUAAUUGCCUCCCUAACUAGGGGACUUCAAGUUGCAUAUCGCAUAACGUACCCACGCGAAAGUGGGCUUGUGCCAAUGAUUACAACGAACAACAAAAGUCUGAAAUUGUAUCUCUAUGGUGCCAAGCAGAACGGAAAAGAUGUGACUCGUAUUGCUGGCCUUAAUAACUUCGGCAUCGAUGUCAAGCCCUUUUCUCGAUACAUUCAAACAAAAUUGGCUUGCUCUGCCUGUCUAACAGAAGAUCCACGUCAUGGAAAUUCAGUGGUCGUGCAAGCUCAAGGCCGCCAUGUUACAGCUCUCUCAAAAAUAAUGACUGAUGUUAAUGCUGUCGUUCUAGAUACCUUUGGUAUUUCGAAAAAGUGGAUUGAAGGGUACGAAGAAUCGCCGAAGAAAAAAGGUGGUCGGAAAUAA